CCUCCUUGCAACUAACUAUAAAUAUUGCUCGUGGCCAACGUGGCUGUACAGUUCUUUAGAAUCGCACAACAACCAGCGAAAUGCGUUCCGCUACGAUCGUCGCUCUGUUCGGCCUCGUUGUCGCUGCCUCUGCCGGAGGCCUUUUGGCCGGACACGGUCUUGGCUAUGCCGGAUACGGAAUUGCUCCGAUCGCCCCCGCAGCUGUGCACGCCGCCCCCAUCGUUGCACCCAUAGCUGUUCAUGCCGGUUAUGCGCGUGCUCACAGUUACUCGUCGGCCGUUAACCACGGAGUCAUUGUUGGAAAGGCCGUUCAUGCUCUCGCCCCCGCGGCUCCCCUUGCUGCUUACGGCCACGGGAUCGGCCUUGCCCACGGAUACGGUGGAUUUGGAUACGGAGCUAAGCUCUACUGAGCCAAUUUGUAAUGGAAAGCUUAAUAUUGAUUGACAUCGGACAGUCCACUGCUUAUUUCGGUCGUACAUAGCCAUCCUCUUAAUUACUGACCAAAGAAUAAAAGUCUAUGUGAUAGUUGAACUGGCA